ACGUUAAAGCUAGGUCCGGGUCCAACUUACUCUUUGCCGACUACAAUUGGCUACGAUAAACAUGAUGUUCGUAAAAUCCGUAUGCCGCAAUAUUCAUUUGGGGCUAGAUUCGAACAGAAGAACAAAAAUUACACACCCGGACCUAGCUUUAACGUUCAAAAUCAGACAAGAUAUGGUCGACCGAGAGUGCUCGCAUAUACCAUGGCUCCUCGCACAUUCCGUCAAGUUAAAAGCAUUGGUCCCGGCCCAGCGAAUUACGACUUAAACAAAUCCCCAUAUGUAAAUUCCACUAGACCGCCUGAAUACUCGAUUAGCCGUCGGAGCAGCAUUCCAAAUAAAAAUAUAGCACCUGGACCAAAUGCCUACGGUGUUAAGGAUCAUCUUGUAAAGCCAUCCGCUCCUUAUUACAGCAUGGGUACUCGUUCCGGCUUGAAAGAAAAAGGUGGUUCACCAGGUCCUGCCAACUACAAUCCCGGCGAUAUUAAUAUUACAUUGACAGCUGCGCCCAAAUACACUAUGCGUCCACGAACAAAGUUAGCAACGAAGAGUGUAGGACCUGGUGAACCACCUUUUUCUUUCAAGCCGGAACGAGUACCCCUGAAAUUGAAGUGUAAUUAUAACUACAGCUCUGAUAUGAGAAUUUGGUCUGCAGGCCUCGAUCUUACAUGCUGUAAUAAGGAGCGGAUGGCUUUACAAGAUGAUCCUUAA